AUGGCAGAUAACGAACUAAUAGAUACAGUGCAAGCCAGUCAUAACAACAACACCAAAGAUAAGAUUAACAAGAAUGAUUCUGUAACAUUGAAGAAAAUACUCUCAGGUCUAAAUAAACAACAAAAACUAGCCGUCACAUUCGACUAUCAUAAUGCAUUACAAGUCAUCGCAGGUCCAGGAACUGGUAAGACCAAAGUUCUAACCUCGAGAGUGGCAUACCUACUGUUAAAAGAACGAAUCAAUCCAGAAGAUAUCAUCAUUACAACUUUCACUAAUAAGGCUUCCAUGGAAAUGAUAGAUAGAUUAUCAAUCAUGUUACGUGAUACAAACAUUAGUACCUCGAACUUACUCAUAGGAACAUUCCAUUCAGUUUGUAUCAAGAUCCUUCAUAGAUUUGGCUCCAAGAUUGAUUUGUCACCCACAUGGAGAAUUGCAGAUCAAAAUGAAAUAGAUAAUAUAUUAAGUAAUAUCGUAGACAGGAUGCCUGAUCAAAUUAGAGACUAUGCAAAUUCAAUGACUAGGAAAGUAAACUUAUGUAUGCCCAAACGGGGACGUGGUGAAAGUGAUGAAUGGACUGUGAGUCCUAAACUCGUUAAGAAACAAAUCUCAAAAUUGAAAUCAAGCGCCAUUUUACCAGAGGAAUAUAUUAAUGAUUCCAUGCAUGAUACUGCUUUGGCUUACUUUUAUGAAAAUUUCCAAAGUGAAUUGGCAAAGAUUAACGCUUUGGAUUUCGAUGAUAUAUUGAUGUAUACAUUCCGGCUUCUGACGAAGGAACGCUGUUUACCAAAUAUACAGCAUGUCCUUGUUGAUGAGUUCCAAGAUACAAAUGAAAUUCAAAUGGAUUUGGUGUUUUUAUUCGCGAAGGGGAAUCAUCAUUUAUCAAGAGGAAUUUCCGUGGUGGGGGAUCCAGAUCAAAGUAUUUAUGCAUUUAGAAACGCAUUAGCAUACAAUUUCCAAACAAUGGUACAAAAAUCACCUAUAGAAUGUUCCAGAAUUGUUUUAGUGGAAAAUUACCGUUCAUCACAGAAAAUUUUAGACACUAGUGAAAUGUUAAUAUCUCAACAAACCAGAGGACGUCAGAAUCGAUUACCAUUACGUGCUCAAUUCGAUUAUGAUUUUCCACCAGUUUAUAUAAAUUUCCCAGCUAGUUUUUUGGAAGCAUCUUCCAUUAUUAAAGAAUUAUUAUAUUUGAAAGCAUUACCAGAUUUAUUCUCCUUUAAUGAUUUCGCAAUCCUAGUUAGGAAAAGAAUUCAAAUAAAACCACUCGAAAGAGCAUUAAUAGAACAUAGAGUACCAUAUAAAAUAUUAAGAGGUCAUGCCUUUUGGGAUUCUAAAGAAAUAAUAGCAAUGCUGAACCUAUUGAAAUGUAUAUUUUCACCAAAUGAGAAAAAUGCCAUCAUCGCAUCAUUAUUAUAUCCCUCCAGAGGACUUGGUCAAACGUCUGCUGAUAAGAUUAAAUUCAUAUUCGAACAAGAAACCAAUUCCAAUUUUAAUUCUACUUCUAGUAUGCAAAUUUUAAGAGAUAUUGUAGCAAAUAAGAUUCAAAUAGAUAUACCGACAAAGGCUAGGAAUGUAAUAAUCGAUUUUUUACAGAUGAUCAAUACUUGUACUUCAUUGUUUAAUGUAGAACCAAUAAAUGUCGCAUUAUCUGAUAUAUUUGAAAAAUUAUAUGAAUUAUCGGGAUUAAGAUAUGAAUAUCUUUGUUUAGAUGGGAAGAAAAAAAAAUCAAUCGAUAUGUCAAAAUUGGAGGAAAACUUUGAUAAUGUUAGACAUAAAAAUGUAACCAUUUUGAAAACUUAUUUUUUAGGACCAACUAACGGUCCUUCCACUUCUUCCACUGAUACUAAUACCAUGACGAAUAUAGGAUCUAUUUCUAGUGCCUCCGUGUUGGAACAUAUUCGUAAUUUCUUCAAUUCAUUGACUUUAUAUACAUCAGAUUUACCUGAAAUAUCUUCGUCUGAUGAACAACAGGAAAAUAUGAAUUGGCAAAAAGUUGAAGAAAGGAAGAAAACUCAAGAAGGUGUCACUAUAUCUACAAUUCAUGGGGCAAAAGGUUUAGAAUGGCCGGUUGUCUUUAUUCCCGGAUGUAAUGAGGGAACAAUACCGUCAAUUUUUAAUGAUGAAGCAAAAGAUGGUUCUUCAGAUGAUGAAGGUGACGACGACGACGAUAGGAAUGAGAUUGAUACUGAUUCUAAAACUUCAAAGAAACGUCGAAAUUUAUCAAUGGAAGAACUUAUAGAUGAAGAAAGAAGAAUGUUCUUUGUUGCCCAGACACGUGCUAAGUAUCUUUUAUAUUUAUCUUCUUUCAUCACAGAAAGACAAUUUGAGAAUGAACCAAGUAGGUUUUUAACUUCAGAUUUAGUGAAAACUAUGGUAGAUGAACAAAAAGUAUUAGAAAAAGUGGAAAAUGUCAUGCGGUUAUACCAUGCUAUGAAAAGGGAACCAUUGGUUGCAUCAAAUAAGAAAUUUUCAUUAAAGACAUUAAUCAAAGAUUAUUCAAACUUUAUAGAGAAUAGAAGAGAACGUAUGAUUUGGGGUGGUGAAGUAGUCCAUGAUAUAUCGAACCUUAAUUUAAUUGAAAACGUUUCUGUUCAACCACAGCCAUCACUUGUGUUCACCACAGCUGCGACUCAAUUACGUGUACAGCAGCAAGGAACUAAGACAAAUCAACAUCCUCCCCCUCCUUCUAUAUCCCACCACCCAUUUAAUCAAAGAAAUAAUUCUCAAAAAACGGGUCCUAGUAAAAACUAUGCGCCAAAUGGGUCUCUUGAAUCUGAUCUUUUAGUCAGUCCAACAAAAGUACUGGCUCCAUUACAAACCAUGUCACCAUCCAAUUCACCAUCAAACGUAACUAAAUCAUUUGCUCCAAGUUAUGUUCCAAAACGUAAUAAAUCACGUUCGACUUCCCCUAUAAGGAAACCAUUCCCAUCACCAGAAAGAAAAAAGAUAUUAUCACCGACGAAGUCUUUGAAAGAAGAAGAUAAAGAGUUAGCUUUGAAAUCUACCAGUAAAAAAUCAUCAAGCAGAAAUAGCGAGAAGAGCAAGAGGACUCUCUCCAGUUCGAAAUAUUGGGCUAAUGGUAACAAGAUCAAGCAAGAAAAUGACGAUGAUGAUGAUAGAAUGAUAUUUAAAAAAGCUCCCGUAAAUAAUCCAUUCCAAAAUACAAAAGUUAAAUUUGAAAGUAACGGCAGGAUAUCGAAAUCAAACGAUAGUAAUGGGAUAAUACGUCUUAAGAGGGAAGAUGAUGAUAAAACUGCAGAUUAUGAUAGUUCGAAUAACAGUAAUACAACUGCGGCAGAGUUGCUACAUAAUCCGGAUGAUAUGAUUAUUGAUAAUAGACCUAUCUUGACGAAUGCAAAGACUUUGGCAGAUGCGAUUAGGAAACCUAGGAACAGAGCUGAAAAUAUUAAAAAGGAGAAGAAAAGUGAGGAACAAGUUGAUAGUGAAAAUAAAGGUAAGAAGAUGAUCGGUUUAAAGAAGGGGGUGACAGCGAGUCAAAUGGAUAUUUUCUCUCAGUUGUCAAGGGCGAAAAAGAAGACCAAAGGGAAUACAGGUGAAAUUAUCAUUAUAGACUAA